CACGAGUGAAGCUCCUCCCACAUUGGAAUUCAUCAUGAGUGAAGCUCCUCCCACUGCUGUUCAGCAAUAUAUUUUGGGAGAUUCCCAUCAGUUUAAGUGAAGACGAGCCUCAGGAAGAGCUGAAAUCUGCUCAGAGACUGAAUUUAGAGAGAGACAGAGAGAAGAUGAGAGAUCCAGAGCCCUGCAGAAUCAAACACACUCAAGACACUGGAGAACUAACAGAGCUGAUGGAAGAGAGCGAGGAGAGUGAAGAACUGAGUGAAAUGGAGGAGGAGCAUCAUGACAAACCUGGAGAAAGCCCUUUGAGUCGCUCAAAGAAUAAUAAACCCAUUUUAAAGAAAAGAAAAGGCAAUAAAUCUUUCACCUGCACUCGGUGUAGAAAGAGUUUCUCAACCAAACAAAGACUUAAGCGUCACAUUAGAGUUCACACCGGAGAGAAACCGUUUACGUGUGAUCAGUGUGGAAAGAGUUUCACAUCAAAAUUAUAUCUUGAAUGUCACCGGAGAGUUCACACUGGAGAAAAGGCGUUCACAUGUGAUCAGUGCGGGAAGAGUUUCUUACACAAACAAAGUCUUAAGCGUCACAUGGAAGUUCACACCGGAAAGAAGCUGUUCACAUGUGAUCAGUGCGGAUAUGAAUUCACAGAAAAAGCCAACCUUAAAAAACACAUGACAAUCCACACUGGAGAAAAGCCAUUCACAUGUGAUCAGUGUGGCAAGUGUUUCUCACACAAACCUUCUCUCGUGUCUCACAUGAUCGUUCACACCGACGAGAAGCCGUUCACGUGUGAUCAGUGCGGGAAGAGAUUUAAAACAAAAAACAGCCUCGAGCAUCACAGGAGAGUUCACACUGGAGAAAAGCCGUUCACGUGUGAUCAGUGCGGGAAGAGUUUCAGACAACAAGGAAACCUUAAAGGACACAUGAGAGUUCACACUGGAGAGAAGCCAUACCCAUGUGAUCAGUGCGAGAAGAGUUUCUCACACAAAAACAGUCUUGAGUGUCACUUAAGGGUUCACACCGGAGAGAAGCCAUUCACAUGUACUCAAUGUGGAAAUCAAUUCACAGGAAGAGGAGCUCUUAAAAAACACAUGGCAAUCCACACUGGAGAAAAACCGUUUUCAUGUGCUCAGUGCGGGAAGAGUUUCUCAAACAAACAAUGUCUUGAGCUUCACAUGAGAUUUCACACUGGAGAGAAGCCGUUCACGUGUAAUCAGUGCGGGAAGAGCUUUACACAAUCAGCAAACCUCCGAGUACACAUGAGAAUUCACACAGGAGAGAAGCCAUACUCAUGUGAUGUAUGUGAAAAGAGAUUCCCACACAAAAAUACUCUCGAGUUACACAUGAGGAUCCACACCGGAGUGAAGCCGUUUAUGUGCGACCAGUGUGAAAAGAGAUUCUCAAACAAAAACAGUCUUGAGGUUCACAUGAGAGUUCACUCUGGAGAGAAGCCGUUCACGUGUGUUCAGUGCGGGAAGAGCUUCAGACAAAAACCACAUCUUAAUGCACACAUGCAGAUCCACACCGGAGAGAAGCCACACACGUGUGAUCAGUGCGGGAAGAGUUUCACAAACAAACAUCAUCUUCGUGUUCACAUGAAGAUCCACAACGGAGAGAAGAAACACAAGUGUGAUCAAUGUGGCAAAACAUUUCUUAGGUCAUCAAACCUGAAGUCACACCUGACGGUUCAUACCAAGGAGAAAUCACAUUCCUGUUCUGUGUGUGGAAAGAGUUUUUCACAGCUACAGAGUUUACAUACACAUGAGAAAAUACACACUGGUGUGAGAGAGUACAUGUGCUUUGAGUGUGGCAAGACUUUUACUACAGCGAGACUUUUAAAACUGCACCAGAGAGUUCACACUGGAGAGAAACCUCACAAGUGUUCACACUGCGACAAGAGAUUCACUCAGUUAGGAAAUCUGAAAAUACAUGAGAAGACCCACAGCAGAGAGAAACCGCAUACCACGUGUGAUCAGUGCGGAAAGACUUUCUCUUUUAAAAGUCACCUGAAGCUACACAUGAAGAUCCAUACAGUGGAUUAAAUGAUCAGAGCGAUAUUGUGCUAUUGCAUCCUGAAUGAGUCUAGUAUCACUUGAUCAAAAACACAGACAAGGAAGAUGCAGAAACGACUGAUCUAGUAGUAAGCAUAUCCAUAUGAAAAAUACUGUGUUCGUCAAUAAUAAACAGCAUUUAAAUGAAAUCUGCCUAAUGUUACCACGUGAAAUUUGGGUCCUGGAAGUGGUGAAGGACUGUGCAAGCUUUAGAUAUGCUGGUGGAAGUUAUCUACUGCUUCUUUGCUGUUAUAAUAGUACUGAAUAUGAUCCAGAUGUAGCGUUUGAUUAAAAUGAGAUUUUCUCAGCUUUUUGCUCAAAAUGUUUU